AUGCCGUCCAACAAAUCCGUUUCGGACGCGCCCAUCAUCCAGUUCACGAACUGCCGCAUCCUGAGGAGCCACCAGCUCCAGAGGGAGGACCUGUGGGUGCGAGAAGGGAAGAUCCUCAACCCAGAGAAACUCUUCUUUGAUGAGAAGGGCUCUGCUGACAUCCAAGUGGACUGCAAGGACAGCAUCAUCGCCCCGGGCUUCAUCGACGUCCAGAUCAAUGGAGGCUUUGGGGUGGACUUCUCCCUGGCUACACAUGACUUCAAAUCAGGGCUUGACCUGGUCAGUCAGAAAAUCCUCUCCCAUGGAGUGACCUCUUUCUGUCCCACCCUGGUGACCUCUCCUCCAUCUGUGUACCACCAGGUUCUCCCUCAGAUCAGCAUAAGAAAUGGUGGAGCUCAUGGAGCAGGUAUCCUGGGGGCCCACCUGGAGGGACCAUUCAUCAGCAAGGAGAAGAAAGGGGCACACCCAGAGCACUGCCUCCGCACCUUCGAGGAAGGAGCCUUCCAGGACCUGCUGGCCACCUACGGGUCCCUGGAGCGUGUCAGGAUAGUGACCCUGGCCCCAGAGAUGAAGAGGAGCAAUGAGGUCAUCCAGGAGCUCACCAAGCAGGGCAUCUGUGUCUCGCUGGGCCACUCGGUGGCUAACCUCUGCCAGGCUGAGGAGGCUGUGCAGCACGGCGCCACCUUCAUCACUCACCUCUUCAAUGCCAUGUUGCCGUUCCACCAUCGUGACCCCGGGAUCGUGGGGCUGCUGACAAGCGACAGGAUUCCCGCUGGGCGGAGAGUCUUCUACGGCAUGAUCUCGGAUGGCAUCCACACCAACCCUGCUGCCCUGCGCAUCGCCCACCGAGCCCACCCCAAAGGCCUGGUGCUGGUGACAGAUGCAAUCGCUGGCAUGGGGCUGGCACCAGGGCGGCACACACUGGGUCAGCAGGUGGUGGAGAUCGACGGGCUGAACACCUACAUUGCAGGCACAAAGACGCUGAGCGGCAGCGUGGCCACCAUGGACACCUGUGUGCGGCACUUCCAGGAGGCCACAGGGUGCUCAGUGGAGACCGCCUUGGAGGCAGCAUCUCUGCAUCCUGCCCAGCUCCUGGGGAUUGAACACAAAAAGGGGACACUAAAUUAUGACUCCGAUGCAGAUUUCCUAAUGCUGACUGACAGCCUGUACGUGCAGGCCACGUACAUCGCGGGCGAGGAAGUCUGGCGGCAGGAGGCGUUGGGCAUGUGA